ACAAAGCCGCCGCUCGCGAGUGUUCGGCGCUGGGUUCUCGCGAUGCCUGAGCACUCGGCUCGGCUCGGCUCGGCUCGGCGUGCCAUGACAACAGGAGGUGCGGGGAGAAUGUGCAGAUUCAUCAAGGUGCUAAAUGGAGUCGGAACAGUUGUUUUCUAGAGGAUACUACCGAAAUAGUUACAACAGUAUAACCAGUGCAAGCAGUGAUGAGGAAUUGCUAGAUGGAGCAGGAGUCAUCAUGGACUUCACAGGAUCUGAGGACGAUAACUUGCUGGAUGGAGAUGUUUCCUCUGGUGUCAAUUAUACCAUGACAAAUGGAGGCGGUAUUAAUAGCACAACACACUUACUGGACCUUUUGGAUGAACCUAUACCGGGCGUUGGAACAUAUGAUGAUUUCCAUACCAUUGACUGGGUGCGAGAGAAGUGCAAGGACCGGGAAAGGCACAGAAAGAUUACUAGCAAGAAGAAAGAUUCUGUGUGGGAGUUUGUAAAAAGUUUAUACGAUGCCUGGUCUGGAUGGCUGGUUGUAACAUUGACUGGUUUGGCAUCAGGUGCCCUGGCUGGUUUAAUAGAUAUUGCUGCAGACUGGAUGACUGAUUUAAAGGAAGGCAUAUGUCUGAGUGCAUUGUGGUUCAAUCAUGAACAGUGCUGCUGGGGAUCAAGUGAGACAACGUUUGAAGCGAGAAACAAAUGUCCUCAAUGGAAAACGUGGGCCGAAUUAAUAAUUGGACAGGCAGAUGGUCCGGGUUCUUAUAUAAUGAACUACAUUAUGUACAUCUUCUGGGCCUUGGGAUUUGGCUUCCUGGCUGUUUCUUUAGUGAAGGUGUUUGCUCCCUAUGCCUGCGGCUCUGGAAUUCCAGAGAUUAAAACUAUUCUUAGUGGCUUCAUCAUCCGAGGCUACCUUGGCAAAUGGACCUUGCUAAUUAAAACAAUCACUCUGGUUUUGGCUGUGGCUUCUGGACUGAGUUUGGGGAAAGAGGGUCCCCUUGUUCAUGUUGCCUGUUGCUGUGGAAAUAUCUUCUCCUAUUUAUUCCCAAAAUACAACAAAAAUGAAGCAAAGAAGCGGGAGGUAUUAUCUGCAGCAUCAGCCGCGGGUGUCUCUGUGGCUUUUGGCGCUCCGAUUGGCGGUGUCCUUUUUAGCUUGGAAGAGGUUAGCUACUAUUUUCCCUUGAAAACCCUCUGGAGAUCGUUUUUUGCUGCAUUAGUGGCAGCCUUUAUCUUGCGUUCCAUUAAUCCAUUUGGAAACAGCCGUCUGGUCCUCUUUUACGUGGAGUAUCACACUCCUUGGUACUUAUUUGAACUGAUUCCUUUUAUCCUCCUGGGUGUAUUCGGUGGACUCUGGGGAGCCUUUUUCAUCCGUGCUAACAUUGCAUGGUGCAGACGUCGGAAGACCACAAAAUUCGGGAAGUUUCCUGUCCUGGAAGUCAUUACGGUGACCGUCAUUACUGCUGUGGUCGCCUUUCCUAAUCAGUACACGAGGAAGAACACGAGUGAGCUGAUUAAAGAGCUCUUCACUGACUGUGGGCCUCUAGAAUCUUCACCGCUUUGUGAUUACCAGACUGAUGCAAACGUCAGUAAGCUGCUGGAUGACAUCCCCGAUCGACCUGCCGGUCAAGGAGUAUACGAUGCCAUAGGGAAACUGGCACUGGCACUAAUAUUCAAAAUUAUUAUGACUAUUUUCACAUUUGGAAUUAAGGUACCUUCAGGUCUCUUCAUACCGAGCAUGGCUAUUGGUGCCAUUGCUGGCAGAAUAGUGGGAAUUGCAGUGGAGCAGAUGGCUUAUCACCACCAUGACUGGUUCAUAUUUAACCAGUGGUGUAAUGUUGGAGCCGACUGUGUUACACCAGGCCUGUAUGCAAUGGUUGGUGCUGCAGCUUGUUUGGGUGGCGUGACACGGAUGACAGUUUCUCUCGUGGUAAUCGUGUUUGAGCUAACUGGUGGGCUGGAGUACAUUGUUCCUCUCAUGGCAGCUGUAAUGACAAGCAAGUGGGUGGGCGAUGCAUUUGGCAGAGAGGGUAUUUACGAAUCACAUAUCCGCCUGAAUGGGUAUCCGUUCCUGGACGCUAAGGAAGAAUUCACUCACACAACGCUGGCAGCUGAUGUGAUGCGGCCUCGGAGAAACGAGGCUCCUCUCUCGGUCCUCACUCAGGAUGACAUGACAGUCGAAGACUUAGAAAUGCUGAUUAAUGAUACAACUUAUAAUGGUUUUCCUGUCAUUGUAUCAAAAGAAUCUCAGAGACUGGUUGGAUUUGCACUCCGGAGGGAUAUCACUAUUGCAUUAGAAAAUGCUAGAAGAAAACAAGAAGGCAUUGUCAGCAGUUCCAGAGUGCACUUCACCCAGCAUGCUCCGACACUUCCAGCAGACAGCCCGCGCCCACUGAAGCUGCGAAGUAUUCUAGAUAUGAGCCCAUUCACCGUUACAGAUCAUACGCCCAUGGAGAUUGUAGUGGACAUUUUUCGUAAACUGGGUCUAAGGCAGUGCCUUGUAACGCACAAUGGGAAUAUCUUGGGAAUCAUCACAAAGAAGAACAUAUUAGAACACCUCGAGCAACUAAAACAACACGUCGAACCUGUGGCGCCUUCUUGGCAUUAUAACAAAGAAGGACAUCCUUCGUCACAUGGCUCAAAUGGCAGACCAAGAUCCAGAGUCGAUCAUGUUCAACUGAGCGUAAUGUCAGAGGGUUGCGAGGAAAUUGAGGAGGAAGUCCACCUGUUAAAGAGCACAGAUAUCUGACAGCUCUCCAGAUUCCAGCGCAAAUGGCAUCACAGAAGGAAGACAAAAAUCAUAUUGCAGCUCAGUUAGUACUGAAAUCUGCUUUGAUGUGGGAGUUUGUCAGCAGUGGCCCAAGUCAGUAUUAAACCUGAUGCCCACUACUACAACUAGUAUACCUAAAAAUGUCCACUUUUAAGAUUUUCUUUGUUGUCGAGAUAUGCUAUUAACAGAUGAAUGGCGGUGGAAACCCAUAUGUAAGUGGUCUUUCUGCUGUAUUUAAACCACCAUACCGUCAUUGGUUUUUUUGGCGUAUCCAAGGUUGUGCUGAAGCAGAACAUCUUGCCAUAAGACACUGCAUCUUCAGUACAGAAAUAUUGACAGCUGGAGUUUUGUUUCUGGAGGGGGGAAGAGUGAGGAGAUGGUGAAAGAGGAAAGGGUGUAGAAUGCUUAUUUUAAAAUGAGCUGUGCUCACUUCCCUGAAUACUUAACCACUGUGAAAGCUGAAGAGAACAGAGACCUUACUUUUCUGUGAAUAUCUCUGCCACUGAAGUAGACAGUCUCCAUUACUAAGUUGGAGUGAAUCCAAUCCAAAGAAAAAACACCAAUGUGAUACCAAACUGUAUCAGGCAAGCAACAGAUCUGAAAGUCCUUCAUCAAAAUCAGUAAGUUUGGUUAGGAGUAAGAGUUGGAUUGGGUCUUAGCAGUUGGUGUAACCUUUUAUCUGUCCUGAAUUUUUCUUUUAGUUAAGUCUUUCAAUGAAAUUAAGAAUUUAUUGUAGGAUAACAUGCUUUAUUGUGCAUUGAUCCAUCCCUCACUCACCACUGGAGAAUUAUUAGUAAUCUCUGAAUUAUGUUUGCAUAAUUCAGCUACAGUACAGCACAAAUUGCUUUUCUGUACUUUUAAUGUUCACCUGUUAUCAUUGUAAUGUUUCUAACUGGAAUUUUGCAUAUGGUUUUUUUAGAUUUCAGUCAACUGGUGGGAUAAAUCAUGUAUUUCAUAUUCAGAUACAUUUUUACUGCUGACAUCAGCAGCCAAAUUUUGCAAUUGAAUCCAUUUUCAGUGCAUUAUAGGUUUAAUCUUUGCACUUUUAAUUUGCGUCAUUUUUCAGCAUGGGCAGAGAAUUUUUUUUUAGGAUGAUUGGAAUAAUCCAUUCUCACUUAUCUGACCAAAUUAAACAGCUAUAAAAUGGGCAUUGCUCAUACUCACUGCAUUUCAGGGCAAUAUCUUGCAAGCUGUGGUCCUGUGGUCAAUUUGAAGGAGCAUUCAACUAAAAUAUAAACGGUUGAAAAAUAAAUGUUACUUUUAAAAUAACUUGAAGUUUGCACUAAAUUGCUUACUGUUAGAGAAGUGAUCUCCUGUAUCUUUGCUUAGAAUUGAGGAAGGGUUUGCAUUCCUUUUGUUCUGCCAAGCUGCUGGUAGGAGACUGGAACCCCGUGAGCAUUUUCAAUGGACCUCAAGCCUGCCUGAGUAGAAAUAAACUCAGCGGGAGCUACUUGAAAAUGAUUAAGCAUUAUCAGUUAAUUGCUUCCUUGCAGUCUUUGUACAUCCUCAAACAAUAAUUUAGCAAAGAUGCCCGAGAGAUCAACAUUGGAAUGUGUAGAAGAAUAAUUACAAUUUUACAAAUAACAUCAUUGCAGAAUCCAGCAUCUCGGACGGCAUAUGCAGUUGAAAGAUAUCUCAGGCAGCUUUUGCGGCUAAAACCGUAGCAUUUUCUGAAAGCAUUGGAUUGACCGUUCAGUUCAAUGUAUUUAAUAACUGGAAUAAUACAGCGCAAAUACUGGAAAUAAAGUUAAAAAUGUGAAAUGCCAGAGGUACAGAACAGGCAAAUCAACAACUGCAAAGUGUGGAGAAUGAUUGACUUCCAAAAUUCAGGGCCAAAUGUGGUUCUGAUAUUUGCAGCAGGAACAGUUAGCCUUUUAUCCCCUCUUCAUGUGGUUAUAGAUUAGGGUUAGAAUGGAGAGAGUCAGACAUCAACAUAACCUUCCCUUCUUGCAUUAGUGAAUCUGUAAGAGGUGACAUGGUAGAGUGAUGGUUAGCGCAAUCACUUUCCAACACCAGUGAUCACAGUUCGAGGCUCUAUUCCCACCGCUGUCUGUAAGGAAUUUAUACAUUCUCUCAGUGACUCUGUAGGUUUCCUUCCACAUUCCAUAAAUGUACAGGUUAGGAUCAGUAAAUUGUGGGCAUGCUAUUUUGGCUGUGGAAGCAUGGCAACACUUGCUUCCUCACUGAUCUGAUUUGACAUAAAUUAUGCAUUUCACUGUAUGUUUCGAUGUGCAUGUGACAAGUAAAGCUAAUCCUUCUUUAAGGAUGAUUUAAUAUAUUUGCCUCAACAACUUACUGUGUUGCGAGUUCCACGUCCUCCCCACUCUGUAGGUAAAAGUGGUCUGUUGGGUAUCUCUGGCAAUUAUUUUUUGCUUUUACAAGCCAAUGUGGCAUCUACAGCACCUAAAAUGGACUCUCUCCACCCAUUUUACAGGUACCAGAUAGAGCAGAAAGCUUUAAAGAGAGAUCCUGUUGGGUUGGUGCCCGUGUCCAGUUGUUACCUGUUGCUCUGCUCUUGGUUAAUGAAGAAUGCUUCGUCUUUGUUAACCUGUGGUGUUGCCUAGAAUUGUAUUUAAUACUGAUCCUCAUUGUUAUUUUUUAAUUUAUAUUUGGUGUAUUAGAAUUUCACAUUCUUAAGGUGAGCUUAAUUAUGGUUACUGUGAAAGUCUGAUUAUAUAUUAUAUUGUAUUAAAUUCUCCAUUAAACAGUAAACCUUU